UGGUUCAUGACGCGCGAGGAGCCGCUCAUCUACAUCGGCGGGCAGCCCUACGUCCUGCGCGAAGCGUCUCACCCGACCGAGACGUACUCGAUCAGCGACCGCGCAGAGAACCUCGAGGAGAUCGAGGCGAGGCUCAAGAACGACAUCCUGCGCGAGUCGGCUCGGUACGGCGGCCUCGUCCUCGUCCACUCGGAGCCGUACUCGGGCCCGCUCCGCCCGAGCUGGGUCUCGGUCUCGCCGUCGACGGUCCUCACCGCGCGCGAGCUGUUCGCCGAGGUGCGCAACGAGGGCUUCUCGGUCCGGUACCACCGCACGCCCGUCGCGCGCGACCAGUCGCCCCAGGACGGCUACCUCGACACGUACGCCGAGCGCAUCCGCGCCCUCCCGACCCGCACCCAGCUCGUCUUCAACUGCGGCGCCGGCGUCGUCCGCAGCACGUUCGCCAUGAGCGUCGCGCUCCUCGUCCGCCGCCGCAUGCUCGUCGACCAAGGUCGACCCGACCCGUAUGGCGUCGCGGCCGCCAACGACGACGACGGCGACGUCCGCGACGGCGCCAAGAGCCCGGUCGGCGGCGACGGCGGUGUCGGCGCGGCGAGGCGGGUCCUGCGGCAGCAGAGCGAGCAGGCGAGGCGCGACCGCAGCCUGCUGCGCCUCAUGCACGUCCUGUCCAAGAGCCUUCCACCGGGCAGCCAGGCGACCAUCCUCGCCCUCCUCAGCUCGCAGUCCAACCUUCUCGAGAACUUGCGGGCGGCGCUCCUUGGCAACUUCGACAUCGUCUUAUCGCUCCUGUCGACCCUGGACGACGGCUCGGGCGUCAAGAAGGUCGUCGACGCCAUCGUGGAUGACUGCGACGCCAUGGUCAACCUGCGCGAGUCGAUCGUUCAGCACCGAGUGCGGUACGCCUCGCUCGCCCUCCUCGACGAGCGCACCGCCACCGCCUACCGGCAGUCGGCCCUCGCCGCCCUCGAGCGCUACUUCUUCCUCCGCCGUCCCGAGGUCAAGCACAUGAUCACGCGCUUGCGCAAGGAGGGCGCGCCGGGCCACUUCUUCAUCUUCGCGCCGGUGCAGGACCUGAGCGCGAUCGCCAAGGCGGACCGGGGCGGCGAGGGCGCCGUCGUGCUCGCGCCGGGAGCAGCUGGGGCGUCGGGUGGAGGACGAGCGGGCGAGCGGCAGGGAGAGAGGAUCGGCGAGGAGUGGGCCGAGCAGAUCAUUCGGGCGCGCUCGGGCAUCAUCCUGCGUCCGUCGACCAUCCUCAAGAACGACCAGUGGCUCGCGCUCGCCGAGGGCCAGUCGCAGCACGUCCGAGGCGCGAUCAACUUCCGGCGCGUGCCCGGCACCAAGCUGUACGGCCUCAGCCAGCCGACCGAGGAGGGCAUCCGGACCGUCGUGCGGCAAGUCGGCGAGGAGCUCGGCGAGGGGGAGGGGAGGAGGAUCGUGUGGAUCGGGGUCCGCGAGGAACCGCUCGUCAACAUCAACGGGACGCCGUACGUCCUUCGCCAGCAAGCCGUCUCGCUCAGGAACGUCAAGUCGUACAGCGGCAUCUCGGCCAAGCGUCUCGAGCUCCUCGAGGCCCGCCUCAAGGACGACGUCCUGUCCGAGUUGACGACGUUCGAGGGCCGCAUUCUCGUCGCGUCCGAGGCCGACGAUGGCUCGGUCAACCCGCUGUGGGAGGCUGUCGAGGACGGCCCGUCGCAGGUCAAGACGAUGCGCGAGGUCAUGGACAAGGUCGGCGGCGAGGAGUGCGGCGAGGCGUUCACGUUCAUCCGCGUCCCGAUCACGGCCGAAAAGUUCCCCCAGUUCCAGGACUUGCGCGACAUCAUCGAGGUCGUCACCUCGCUCGACAUGGACACGAGUGCCGUCAUCGUCAACGACCAGCUCGGGCGCGGCCGCACGACACGCACGCUCGUCGUCAUCAAGCUCCUCCAGGACUGGAUGCGCAGCGGCGGCACGCCCAAGGCCAAGCGCAGCGACCGCCAGAGCUACGUCGUCAUCAACAACCUGCUUCGGGUCGUGCGCAACGGCUUCGAGGUCAAGAACGCGGUCGAUGCGGCCAUCACGGCAUGCGGCGAGCCUUUCGACCUGCUCGAGUCGAUCGAGAACGCGCGGCAGCAGGCCGAGGACUCGGACGGCCCGACGAGGGCGAUGUGGAUCGCGAGGGGGAUCCGCGAGCUUCGCGGGUACUUCUUCUUGAUCCUGUUCAUGUGCUUCCUCAACGAGUGCCGCCCGUCGACCUGGCGCGAGAUGGGCACGACGUCGUCGUACGAGACGUGGGUCAAGGACCGCCCUGUCUUCCGCACGAUCCAGCGCGAGCUCGACGAUGCCGGAAUCGAGGCCCUGUCGCCCCUGAGCCGAGGUGCCCUUGUCGAGCGCGGCACGGCGAGCGACGACGAGGUGGCCGACUUUGUCGCCCACCGCGACGGCCGGAUCCUGUCGGCGUACUCGCUCCUCAAGAGCGACUUCUUCUCGGGCCUGCAGAAGAUGAGCUUGCCCGAGCGAGUCGACGGCUCGCCCAACUUCCGCCGAGUCCCGCUCAGCACCACCGCCGCCACCGACCUCGCCCAGAGCGCCGCCUCGUCCCUGUCGACCGCGCAAGGACAUGGGCCCCUCGUGUACGGCUCGGGCAUGCCGACCGUCGACGGCUUGCGGCGUGCGCUCGAGAAGAUGAACGCGAGGGAGACCAAGGUGCUCUGGCAGAGCCUGCGCGAGGAGCCGGUCCUGUUCGUGUCCGGCCGGCCGCACGUCCUGCGCCUGUUCGACCGCCCGCUCGAGAACGUCAUCACGACCGGCGUCACGACGGCCACGGUCGAGGCGAUGGAGGUCGAGCUCAAGAAGGACCUGCUUCGCGAGCGCGAGAAGACGGGCGGCAAGGUGCUCCUGCACGACGAGAUUGAGGAGAACGGCUCCUUCACGGUGACGGCCAUGUGGGAGGAGAUUCAGCCGACCGAUAUCCUCACGCCUCGCGAGGUCUACACGAUCAUGCAGAACGAGGGCUUCAGGGUCGACUACGAGCGUCUACCUGUCACCGACGAGCAGUCGCCGAUCCCGGGCGUCUUCAGCCGCAUCGAGCGCCGCAUGUCGAGCGCGCUCACGACGGCGCGCGACAAGGAGAACUUUUCCGCAGCGUGGAACUGUCAGAUGGGACGAGGACGAACGACGACCGGCAUGGUCGCCUGCGCCCUCGUCUACCGCAUCCUGUUCGAUCGACACGCCGCGUUCGAGAUGGCGGCGUCGUACGUCGAGCCGCCCGAGGACCACAACCUGCACUGGGACGGGCGCGAGGCCGAGCCGCUCCUUCAGGGCGAGUACAAGCUCGUGCUGCAGCUCGUCGGCGUCCUCAAGCACGGCAAGCUCGCCAAGAGGCUUGCGGACAAGGCCAUCGACGACAUGGAGGCCGUGCAGAACUUGCGGCUCGCCAUCCACAGCUUCGUCCUGCGGGUCGAAGCCGCCGAGGAGGGCUCGAAGAAGCGCGCCAAGCUGUUCGACCAGGCGCUCAACUACCUGUACCGGUACGCAACGCUCAUCGUGUUCGCCAACUUCCUCCUCGACAAGGCGAGUCACUUGAGCGACAUCUCGGCAGGUGACUCGGACGACGACGGCGGCGACGCCCCUGCUGGCGGCGACGAGUCGACCUUCCUUUCGUUCGAGGCCUACCUGGCCGAGCGGCCCGAGAUCAAGAAGAUCCUCACGCGGCGGACGCUCGAAUAGACGAGGGCGACGGCGGCAGUGGAUAGACUGGCUCGCGGGCGCACACUCUUGCAAUAGCAGCUGGAUCCG